AUGGAGUUGUGGUUUGUUAAUUCAUCAAAUUCUGACUCCGACUCCCGGUUCCAGUCCCGGAGCCCUUUGAGAAAUGCGAGAGUGGGUGAAAUCGAGAAGCCACGCACGUUUCAGAUCAUAAAUGGCAUUCGAGAACUUGCUAAAACUCGCCGAUUCAAGGCAUGGUUCUUCAAUCUUUCUCCUUCUCUAUACUACGAAAUUAAACCACGCCCGAAUGACAUUUGGGCAAUAGAGAGGUUGGCAACUUAUGGUACUGAGAUGGUGAUUAUUUGUGAUUCUCCAUUGCCGGCAUCAACAAUCAUGGAAGAGUUGAGAUUUCAUGGGUUUGAUACCUCACUCUUCGUGGGAGCCAUCACUAGAGAGGAUUUAAGGCGUAGGGCAGGUGAUGCAGGGUUGGAAGAAGUAGGACGGUCCCUCAAUUCCUUGAACUCGUAUUACCGAUAUAAUUUUGCCCGAGGUUCUAUAUCUCCUGAGGUUGAUGGGGAUUCCGAGAAGGAGUCCCCGAGUCCAAAUUUUGGAAGUGUUAUAAAAGUACUUUAG